AUGUGGUCUUUAAAAGCUUAAAUGAUUGUGUUGAGGGUGGUACUGAUAGUGCAGGCCCUGCUGCUGGCAGCACACUGUAAGACAAGUCGAUGGGACCCUGACCUGGUGAAUGAAGAGGAGGAAAGAUUAAAGCCUACAAUAGUGCCGGAUCAUGCAGGCUGGAAUAACGGAAACUUGUAUGGAACAAGUCAUGACAACAAUGGAGCACAUACAGAAAGCCCUGAUGUUUCUGGGACCAUCCAGCACCCACAUGAGCAUGGGCACGCAGAUACAACACACACAGAGCCAUCACUGGGUCUGUCUGAUGAUGAAGAGCAUGUUUCUGCUGGGACACAAAGCCCAGACAUACCAGCACGAACUGGAAACUGGUGUGCAUUUGUGCAUAAGCGGAUGGUGUCCAUGGCAGUGGCCUGUGGCACAGAGAGAUACUCCAUCAAGUCUCAAGAACCCUGUCAGAACGGAGAACCAGGCUGCCAGCUUGUUAUCUAUAAGCUUGCUACUAGGCCAGUUUACAGAGCGAAGCAGAAUAUCUUCACUGCGCUCCUUUGGCGAUGCUGCCCGGGUCAUGGGGGAAAGGACUGCAAAGAAAUAGUGUCAGAGGGCCAUGUCUCAACUCCUGAAUCCAGUACAGAUGCCCGAAUUUAUCCAGGAGGUCCACAAUUCCAAGAUCCAGCAGGGUUUGAGAGCCUAAACCACAACCAACAGCAGGAUCUUAAUGACCAUGACAAGUCCAACAGGCUUCAACAGGAGACACUGAACGCUGGAAAGAAUCAGCACAGCCCACAUACUGGCCAUGAACAUCAUCAUGAGAAAGGUGAUCCCUAUGAUGUGGAAGCUGCACAUCGGGAAGCCUCACCUCAAGUUCAUUCCACAAACCAAGGACUCGUACCCAUCCAUUAUUUAAAGGACGUGAUAAUGUCUCAUCUCCAGCCUAUCUUUGACAGCUUCAACCUGACACUGGCUCGCCUGUCUGAGGAGGUGCAGGACCUACAGAGGGACAUGACCCAACUGCAGCUCCAACAGAUGCUCACUGCAGAGUCUAAAGUGACACGAAGCGGAGCAGACGAAGUACGUGAGCUGUUGCAGCAGCAUGAUAGCAGGAUAAUGGACACCGACCAGCAGCUGGAUGAGUUAAGGAUGGAACUUAGUCUUCAGAGGGAGGAAAUGGAGGUAAAGCUCCAUGCACAGCAGAUUAUGCUGCACUACAACCUAACCAGCAUAAAGACUGACACAGACGUCAAAGUCAAACGCAGCCAGAAGAUGCUACAGAUGGGUGUCCAGUCUUUCAAUUCUUCACUAUCAGAAAUAAGAAUGAAGCAAGAACAUCUAGCGGAGGAGCUUCAGAGGGUUUGGACACCUGCAAGUACGGUUUCCAGUCACACACAGCCUCGGAAGGAUACAGCCAUCUGGGAGGCCAUCACCCGUCUGGAAAACAAGGUGGCCAAUACCUCUAUACAACUCACUGCGCUAAAUGAAGGGCAAAUCGAUACGUCUAGGAAUAUAGAAGAGCUGCAAAGAGGCUGGAGAAACCUUGAGGACCGCAUAACCAAAUCUGAUCAAAAUAAUCAGGACAGAUAUAUUGAGGCUUUCCUAGAAGUGGAUGGAGCCAAGACUGCUGUUCAAACCUAUGCUGCUGACCUGGCCAAAAAUGUAACCAGCCUGCAUGUGAGCCUGCAGGAAAUGGAGAUAGAUGUUGAUUAUCUAUUUACACAGUUUUACAAGAACAUGAGCUCCAGCAGCAAAGACUGUGACUGUGGUGCCCUUAGCACAUCAGUGGCACAGUUAAAACAAGCUGUUGCUAAUGUUUCCAUUCUAGCUAAUGAAAACAGGCUAGCUCUCGACACAACAGCAGAAGAGAGAAUAGACGCUUGGGAAAAUGGAGGCUGGGGUCCACCGGUGGAAGAUAUCAAGGUGGGUUUAUCAGCGGUGCAAAGAUCCCUAAAAAAUGAACAGGAAAAGCGUAAGAUUCUUCAGGAGAACAUAACCUCCCUCCAGACCUCUCUGUUAGGCAGUCAGCUGGACAUUGAAGCACUUCAACAACAAGACAGACUCAAGACCAAUGAUAUCAAACGCCUCACCAGCACUUUUGCCUCAUUGCUAAAGGAUGCCAUUCGCCAUACUGAAAUCCUAGAGAUCUUGCUUGGAGAGGAGGUUUUGGAGUUUAUGGACUGGUCCCCGCCGGAUCAGGAGUCUCACUCCAUCCCUGCGCUCAGGGAAACCAUCAGAGACAUGCAGGACCAAAUAAACCGACACAGCCAAAGCCUGGCCACCAUGCUGAACUCAGAUGAGCCUGCAGAGUUGGUAGACUGGUCCUCAGCAGCAAUUCAAAGGACACAGGGAGGACAAAAAAAUUCUAAGAAUCACCCAGAUGACACAGAAAUGGACCUGCUUGCUUUGAAAAAGGCAGUCGAAGAGCUUCAGGUACAGAUUAAGAGGUUUGGAGAAAAGCAAUGUUCAUCCUGCUGUAACUGCACCAAAGGUGCUGCACACAGAGACGAGGAGGCAAAACUGCGAGCAGAGCUGACAACCGUGCGCAAGAGUCUGGAGGAUCAUCUCAGGAUUUUCAGCAGGAUUUUCAGUAAUACAGAAGGGCUGAGUGGGUCAGAAGCAACGCUAGAUCUGGAUAAACUGUUGAUGUGGAUGAACAGAGAAGAAGAUAAAACGCAAAGUAAGAAAGAAAAGAAAAGAGCGAAUAAAAGAGGGCAGCGCAAUAAAAGGGACACAUCACUCAACAUGCCAGUGCACAGCCAGUUACCACAAAAUCUGCUGAUGUUCCUGGCGAGCAGCAGAGAUGGCAUCAACACUCCUGGAACAGUUGUGUUUGAAACAGCAUCCUUAAACCAUGGACAGACGUACUCAUCUGAGACGGGUGUAUUUCGUGCACCUACUGCAGGGUUUUAUAUGUUUGUGUUUACUCUGGACUUUGGGACUGGACCCAACUUCGUCUGUCUGAAACGAGGACAGGAGGUGGUAGCAUCGCUGCAUCAGAGCCAGAGAAAGCAAUCAGGACCAGCGACUAGAGUCUGCAUCGUACAACUGCAGCAGGGUGACGAGCUGCAUGUGGAACUGAUGCAGGGCACCGUGGAGCCGGGCAGGCCACAGGACAACACAUUUGCUGGACUACUGCUCCUACACACCACAUAAACACACACUGCGAUGAACACAUGAACUACUUACGUUUUAUCACUGUAUAGAAAUGAGAAACUGUUUUAUAAGGUGAAAGAUCAGAGUCU